GGAAGUGCAAGGUGGCAGGAGGGAAAGUGGGAGGUAGCGGGAGAUGGUGGGAGGUAGCGGGUGAUGGCGGGUGGAGAGGUACGAGACGACGGAGGAUGGUGGGAGGGACGUGGGAGAUGGCGGGAGGGGAAGAAGAAGGUGGCGGGAGGGGAAGUGGGAGGUAGUCGGAAAUGGUGGGACGGAUGUGGGAGAUGGCGGGAGGGGAAGUGCAAGGUGGCGGGAGGGAAAGUGGGAGGUAGCGGGAGAUGGUGGGAGGUAGCGGGAGAUGGCGGGUGGAGAGGUAGGAGACAACGGAGGAUGGUGGGAAGGACGUGGGAGAUGGCGGGAGGGGAAGAAGAAGGUGGCGGGAGGGGAAGAAGAAGGUGGCGGGGGGGAAGGUGGCAGGAGGGAGGAAAAAGAUGGCGGAAGAAGAGGACUAGAGUGGCGGAAGGGAGGCGGAGGAUGGCGGGAGGGACGUGGGAGAUGGCGGGAGGCGAAGUGGGAGGUAGCGGGAGAUGGCGGGUGGAGAGUGCUCUGUAUUGUGCAGCACUGGAUGAUGAAGCAGUGCAUGCUCGCCGAGAAGCAUGGCGGGAGCGUCAGCGAAGGUGUCGAGCACGGCGGCGCGAACAAGGGAACCAACUGCAUGAUGCCGAGGUGCGGCAGAAAGGCCAGCGACAAAGGCGGAAAUCAUCAGCAAGUGAAGUUGAUGCUGCGGGGGAGCUGUCGCCUCGCCGGGUGCGGAAACACAGUAGAGGUGCGAGUUGGAAUGGAGCUUUACAUUCUGGAAAGGGGCAUGUUGAAGCGAAUGGAAAGCCAAGUUUUGAGGCUCGUGUUGAAAACUUGCAAGCAGAGGUGUUGGUGAGCUUAGCCAGUGAUACCAGCAUGCCAUUACGAAUAGAGUUCCCAGGCAAGGCAGACUGUGCUGAGGCUGUUGUUGAUAGAAAAUGUUAUGUAGCAUUAGCAGGACCUGCGGAAUGCUCAGUAGGUGUAGAAAUGGUGGAGUUGGCACCAUCAAGGGAUUUGGCAGUGACGAGAGAGGUGACCAUAUCUCGGGAGUUCGUCCCAUGUGCAGAUUUUUCAACUCAAGAGGCAGCAGCUAAAGAGUCGGCAGCAGCUAGGGAUUCAGCAGCCAGGGAGUUGGCAGCUACAGAGAACCCCGCAAGAGAGUCGGAAACCAGGGAAAUCCCAUCUAGGGAUUCUGCAGCCGUGGAGCUGUCGGGGAUUGAGUCCGAAGUCGUGGAGCUGGCAGUGAGGGACUGUGGAGAGAGGGAUUCAGCAGCAAGAGAAUCAGAUGCUAGGGAGUCGGAAGCUAGGGAGUUGGUGGCUAGGGAGUUGGCUGCAAGAGUGUUGGCAGCUAGGGAGGAAGAGGCAUCAGUGCACGCUCGGCGUGAAGCAUGGCGGGAGAGACAGCGGAAGUGCCGUGCACGGCGGCGUGAGCAAGCAGAACGUGCCGAAUUUGAAAUGAGGCGGAAGGCUCUCCAGCAGCAGCAGCACUGGCAGGGUGUAGCAAGCACCGCCAACGGCAGAGCUCAUUCAUGAUUGAGUUGUCGUGGUUGCCAUGCACCCGGGAAACCCGAGUGGGCGUAAUGUGGAGCAUUUGACUGCAUGCAAGUGUACAGAGCUUGAUGUUGAGGCAGAACUUGUGAAAAUGCAGGCGUGAAUCAAAUCAACCCCCAUAC